GUCGAGUGUGUGCCUCCACGCAGUCCCCCGCUCGUUUCGUUUGUUUCUUUUGCACCCAACCCGUCUGUUUCCAUUGUGCGCCUGUGCGGUUCGCGACGGAUAACCUCAACCAGUGAAUGUGAUUUUCGAGUGCGACUUGGUUGCAUCCUCCCCGAACUCUCUCCGUUGUUUUGUUUCUACCCUUAUCUGUGUGUGUUCAAGUGAUCGGCGUUCCUUAGUCCAACCUUGAAAACUAACCGCGUGGUGUUCGAAACGCGAGGUCAUAAUCUCGUUUUGUUCCAAACUACUGUGAUCUGUAAACAGGAAAUUCCGCGAAACUCCGUUUUUACCUUAAAAAUCAAACGGGGCCAACACGUGAAACAUUGUUCGAAUUUGUGUGACUUUAUUUAUAGUGGAUUUCGUCUCAAUUUGUUUUUUUGUGUCUCGGCAAAACGGGUAGUGCGCAUAAUAACCACGUUUUCGAAACUCUUAAUCGAGAUUGAUUACAUUCCAUCUGAGCGUGUGACUUUACAACGUGUUUUGUAGCACACGGCUUUUUUCAGUUGUUGUGACGUGUGUGGAAAUGUUUGAAGCCUGACGUGGACGUUUGAAGAUGGGUCACCCGCGGCGUCGCCCAAUCCACUCGGAUUGAACUAUGGUUGACCGUGAACCGAACGAAAUAAGGCAUCGUUCCCACUCCGACCCGGUAAUUUCCCGUUCUGUCCGUCCCAUAAUGAAGUCCUCCGUGAGCAUGUGCAACGUCCACGAAGAGUUCCACAAAGAAGACGACAUCUCGAACGGCAGUGACGUCGACAAACGCUUCGAAGACGGCAGCGACUCCGACUCGAACAAAGAAGUCCACUCGGACGAGGAGGACGGCGAGAUCAGCGUCGGCUGCCCCUCACCCGUCAACGACUUCUGCAAUGACGUCUCGCGCGACGUGCGCAAGUUCAACUCGGACGAAGAAGAUACGUCGAGGAGCUCCUCGGCUCUGACGUGCCGAAGACGGCUAUCCCUGGAAGAGAGCGAGGACAACGUAGACUACAGCAACGAAGACUACUUCACGCCGCUGAAGAAGCUGAAGAUGAUGCAGAUCGACAAGAUGAAGUACGGGAUCUCGGACAAGGCCAACAUCCAGAAGAUCCGGCCGAACAAGCUGGCCCACGCCUUCGUGGACAUCCCCAACGAGCUGACCAGGCCGGACGACCUGGUGGAGGACCUGUCCUCGAAGACGGGCUCCAACGGGGUGAAGUCCUUCUCGAUCCACGACAUCCUCAACCACCACCCCAAGUCCCAAGCCAAAGACAAGAAGGCCGCGACCCAGCCGACGAGGAUCGUCCGCCCGUGGGACACGGACGAGGGCUCUUCGGCGUCGUUCCAGCUGGCGCCCCCGCCGGCCCACUGCGGGGCCUUCAGCCUGGCGCCCCCCAUGCUCCUGGACCCCAGGUAUCAUCGGCUGCACGUGCGCCCCAAGUCCGUCGACUUCUGCUCCACCUACGAGUCGUGUAGUAGCGGACGCUCCAGCGCCGGUGGCUCCGACUACUGCACGAGUCCGGAUAUCAUCAACUCAACUAGUCCUAAUUCAAGUUCCUCCGGGCAGCCCCGUCGGGCCCCCUCGCAACCCCGUAAGCAGUCCUCCGGCGAGGCUAAGUCCGAAUGCUCGCCCCUCGAGCUACUCGUCGAGAUGACUGCCAAGCCAUUCGAUAAGAUGAAAGGAGAAACCGGACAAGACGCGCAAGGGAACCCGCUGAACCUGUUCAACUCGCGGCAGCAAGCGAAGAAGAAGCGCAAGUCGCGGACGGCGUUCACGAACGUGCAGAUCAUGGAGCUGGAGCGGCGGUUCAUCCACCAGAAGUACCUCUCGCCGGCCGACCGGGACGAGAUCGCCUACCAACUGCGGCUCACCAACGCCCAGGUCAUCACCUGGUUCCAGAACCGACGCGCCAAGCUCAAGCGCGACAUGGAGGAGCGAGCCAAGGACGUCCGCGCCACCGAGGUCCUCACCGGACACUCGGCCUUCUUCGAGAACGCUCAGAACAUGGCGCUCCUCAAGAAGAAGCCCGUCGUCAACAAGGAGGUCGACUAAGUCAAACGCAAUUUUUGAUACUCAGCCUUCUUCGAG